UUAAAACAUUUCAUAUAACAACAACAAUAACAAAAACAAUAUGAAUACACUUUAUUUACACACAAAGUGCUUUGAUAUGACAAAAACAUCAUGAAAGCAUUUCAGGACAGAUACAAAAGAUCAGGGAAUAAAAGAAAUACAGGAAUAAAACAUUUAAAUGCAGCAUUUAACAACAACAAUAAAACAGACAAUUAUUAGGUAAUAAUAAUUGUGUACUAGAAAUAAACAAUAUAAAUUAAUAGGGAUUUAAAAGAUGUCAAUGAUUCUGCAAACCUCCAUCAUGGCAUGUAGAAUGAAACAUCGCCGCCCACCCGGCUCUGCCUCCCCCAUCCUCUCAACUUCACACACCCCCUCCCCUCUCUUCACUCCAGCCUCAGUCACAGGCUCGUUGAGAUGGUGGACGGUUGUCACACAUCAGCCUCUCUGGGAAUGGGACCACACAUCAGAAGUAGGACAAGCUUUACCUUCUUUCAGCUCAUCCCACUCUGAAGACUCCUCUUCCUCCAAAGGGAAUACACUUUUUCUCUGGAGCAGGUGUCAGACAACCACAAAUGGGAUAAAGUUUGAAUUUUCCUCCCUUUGCCAAACAGGCAUGAAGGUUGUGGGUGUUUUAUCCUAUAGUUGGGUAUUUGAGCAGAGAGCGAUGGGCUGUUAAGAGCAUUUAUGAUAUUCUUCAAAGUGAGGAGUGGAGCUCCUGCAGUCUGUCCUAGAAUAAAGCAGCGGAAGUCUUUUGUUGGAAAGGGCUGUGAUUUGUAAAGGUGCGUCUCUGGGGCCCUGUAUGGAGCUGAAAGGUGUCGGAGCAGGAACACAGAGGUUUCACUGGUUUCCAUCUGAGCUGCAAUGGCAAAGUGGUUCAAGGAGUUUCCCAUCAACCUGAAAAAUGGUGCCGACAGGAUCCGCUCAGCCUCCGAGUCACAACCGAGAGCCGGGAAGGGCGGCCUGGUCGCCGGCAUAGGCACCAAAACCUCAGGCUCCAAAACGGGCCAGCGCAAGAACUCCUCCUCUGACAGCACCGGCGGAGGAGUUGGGUCUCUCCUGACCGGGAGGAACCGGAAAAACUCGGCUGUGGAGCUGGGCAGAACCGGUGGAAGCCCCCCGAGUAAAGAUGGGAAAGUGUGGGACAACCUGUUGUCCGGGAAGAGCUGGAAAAACUCCAAAGCAGAGCCGGUGGUUGAGGAGCAGCACCGGGGCCCGAAGAGCUCCCCCCCAGCCAAUGCCUCCUACAUCAGCCGGCUGAUCCGGCUGGACAAACAGGACAAGAGCCCCAACUUCAACAGCGGUACCAUCAGCAACACAGUGGGAAGUGAAGCAGAGAAACCAGCCCAGAGCAAAGCAGAAACUGUGAUAAUUCUUGAGGAUUAUGCCGAUCCAUUUGACGCUCAGAAGACCAGAGAGCAAAGAGAGGCAGAGCGUGUUGGGGAGAAUGAUGGAUACAUGGAGCCUUAUGAUGCCCAGCAGAUGAUCACUGAGAUCAGACGUCGGGGGUCCAAGGACCUGCUGAAGGUCUGCGUGCUGAGUGAGGGGAUAGUAGAGGAGGGCCAGUCCGCGCCCCUUCAGAUCUAUGACGUCCCGUACGAGGGGGGAGGUGAUGGUGACAAGCCGGUGGUCACACGGCCGGAGCUGGAUCCUCGUCCCUCCACCGAGUACGAGCUGCCGUGGGAGAGGAAGAAGGAUCAUAUCGUCAGAACUCUGUCCGCACAGUUUGACAGCCCUGAGCGCCCAGCCAAAGAUGAGACGCCUCACCCGACACUCACCAGGCAGCCGCAGCAUCCGCCCACCCAGCCGCUGUCUCAGCAUCAGCAUCUGAGGCAGAAAAGCUGGACCCAGAAGAUCCUGCGAUCGUCGCCGCCGACCCUGACGCCUUCCUCCACGCCGGGCAGCGGCCCUGACGCCGAGGUCUGCUGGGUGGACCCCUCACUGCCCCUGGAAAAGCAGAGCUGGUACCACGGCUGCGUGACCCGCCAGGAGGCCGAGUUUCAGCUGCAGUCCUGCAAAGAGGCCAGCUUCCUGGUCAGGAACAGCGAGUCGGACAACAGCAAGUACUCCAUCGCCCUCAAGACGAGCCAGGGCUGCGUUCACAUCAUGGUUGCUCAGACCAAAGAGAGCGGCUACACCCUGGACCAGAGCAGCUGUGUGUUCCCCAGCAUCCCAGAGGUGGUGCACCAUUACUGCACUCAGCGUCUGCCUUUCAACGGGGCCGAGCACAUGACCCUGCUGCACCCGGUGCCUCGCACCCACUGACGACUCCGCCCUAGCACCACGUUAGGUAUACAAAACAAACACACCUCUGGGCCUGCUCGGACGCAACGUUUCCUGACAUCAGUCACAGUGAAGCUCAACGUGUACUUCUGUUGCUAUGUCCCUUUUCUACAGGUCCCACUGUAUGACUCAACUGUAUCACCAGACUUUACGUGUGUUUUUUAUUUUAACUGUGUGAUCGUGAACACGUUUUUGCAGCUCAGCCUUAGUCUUGAAACUCUGGACGUCUUCACCUUUCUUUACUUUACUCUGAUGCAAAACACACAGGCUGAUGUUUUGCAUGUGAAGGCUCAGCGGAGACCAAGAGGCACUUUUAUUGAUUAAAUGUGACUUGAAGUUGUUGUUGAAAGUGACUCAUACAUAGCUGCAUUGUUUUAAUCAUUAUUAAAAGAUAAGGAAAGAUGUGCUAAUUUCUGCAAAUUAAAAUUUAUUGUGACGCAGGAAGUGCUUCAGACUUA